GCCAUCGCGCCGGGCUCCUGGGGCCGCUGCGCCGAAGGAACGCAGGCUGGCGGCCGCGACGUACCGUUCCUGAGAGGCGAGUUGUAGCGGCCCGGCUCGUGUACGCACGCAGCUGCGUUCCGAGGUGUGGAGUCUGGCUAAGAUCCCAGAGCAUAUUGUCAUCCCUGGUCUGUCUCCCUCGGAGCCUCAAUCCCGUGAACUCACCCUUCACAACAGGCGCCUUGCAUGUUUGGAAAGAUGCUGCCUUUGGGGAAAGCGUUUGCCACCCCCAGGAACUCCCCAACUCCCCUGGAAUUGCCCACACCGGAGUCAACAGCUGGGGACCAGUAGGAGGGGCCCAAGACCAACCCUGGAAGGGCUCCUGCUGACCUCGAGUUCUCCUGCCUCCACUUCUGGAACUUUGUCUACCAGGAGGUGGCUCGGUCCCACCAGGCCCUGGCCCGGCUCCGGGACCUGUGUUGAGAGUGGCUGCAGCCUGAGGUGCACUCCGAGGAACACAUGAUGGAGCUGCUGGUGAUGGAGCAGUUCUUGGGCAUCCUACUCCACAAGCUCCAGCCCAGGGUGGUGGCAGAGCAGCCCAAGAGCUGCAAGAAGGCAGCCUCCCUGGUGGAGGACCUCACCAAGGCCCUGGCGGAGCCAGGUGGGCCGGUGAGAGCCAGCGAAGACCUGGAACCCAGUAAGACCCAGGCACCCCCGAGACCUGUGAGUGACCAACCAGCUCUUGGGUUCUAUAAUGAAGCAUUAGCGGCCACUCACGGCUGAAGGUCCUCAACAGUGAUUAACUCCACACUUCCCUACUGUCUGGAUGAGCUGAUAUCCCGGGAUGGAUGACCCAGAGCUCGGUAUUCCCACAAUCAUUUCCGUAAAUGUGAACUCUCUGUGGGGGUGUGAGGAGUUUGCUGAGCAUGAAGUCUUGUGUAUAAUGUUUGUGUUGUUUCUCAGGAGUAUGACUGGGUCAAAUCUAGUAAGCGAUGCGUUAUGGCUUAAGGCUUUGCUGGGUCCCGGAACAUGUGGAGUGGGUCUACCCAGCAUGAGUUCUCUGGUGCUUGGUAAGGGAGGAGCUGUGUGUGAAGGCUUUCCCACAGUCCCUGCACUCAUAUGGCUUCUCUCCUGUGUGGAUCCUCCGGUGCUGAGUGAGGUGGGUGCUCUGCCUGAAGGAUUUUCCGCAAUCCUGGCACUCAUAGGGCUUUUCCCCAGUGUGUGUCCUCUCGUGCUGGCUGAGCGAUGAGCUGUGGCUGAAGGAUUUUCCACAUUCAUUGCACCCAUAGGGUUUCUCCUUGGUGUGAAUCCUCUGGUGUUCUAUGAGGAGGGAGCUCUGGCUGAAGGCCCUGCCACACUCGUUACACUCGUAGGGCUUCUCUCCCGUGUGGAUCCUCUGGUGUUGAAUGAGUGGAGCAAGCUGGCUGAAGGCUCUGCCACACUCGUUACACUCGUAGGGCUUCUCCCCGGUGUGGAUCCGCUGGUGUUUGGUCAGGGACGAGCUGUGGCUGAAGGCCUUCCCGCACUCGCUACACUCAUAGGGCUUCUCCCCGGUGUGGAUUCUCUGGUGCUGAGUGAGGUGUGUGCUCUGCCGGAAGGCCUUCCCGCACUGACUGCACGAGUAGGGCUUCUCACCCGUGUGCGUCCGCUCGUGCUGGCUAAGCGACGAGCUGUGACUGAAGGUUUUCCCACACUCGUUGCACCCGUAGGGCUUCUCUCCUGUGUGGAUCCUCCGAUGCUCGGUCAGGAGCGUGCUCUGGCUGAAGGCCUUCCCGCACUCGCUGCACUCAUAGGGCCGCUCGCCUGUGUGUGUCCUCUGAUGCUGUAUCAGUGGUGUGAUCUGGGUGAAGGCUUUUCCACAUGCCUGGCACUCGUAGGGCUUCUCCCCCGUGUGGAUCCGCUGGUGUUUGGUCAGGGACGAGCUGUGGCUGAAGGCCUUGCCGCAUUCUCCACACUGGUAGGGCUUCUCCCCAGUGUGGAUUCGCAGGUGCUGGGUGAGGUGGAUGCUCUGCCGGAAGGCCUUCCCGCACUGACUGCACGUGUAGGGCUUCUCACCUGUGUGCGUCCGCUCAUGUUGGCUGAAGGAGGACCUAAAACUGAAGGAUUUUCCACAUUCACUGCACUCGUAGGGCUUCUCACCUGUAUGAGUUCUCUGGUGCUGGAUCAGUGGGGCAAUUUGGUUGAAGGUCCUCCCGCACUGAGUGCACUUAUAAGGCUUCUCACCAGUGUGGAUUCUCUGGUGUUUGGUAAGCGCUGAGCUGUUUCGGAAGCCUUUUCCACAUUCAUGACAUUCGUAAGGUCUCUCUCCCGUGUGUGUUCGGUGGUGUUCGAUGAGUGCUGAGCUGUGACUAAAGGCCUUUCCACAUUCCUGACAUCUGUAGGGCUUCUCUUUUGCACAGGUUUUCUGUUGAGUAUCUGAGUCCGGAUUCUCCCUCUUUCCAUGUGUUCCCCACAUGGGGGGGCCUUGCCUUUUAGGAGUCAUUGGUUGAGUUGGGAGAUCAGGCCUCAGACUCAAGUUUUCCCCAAACCCAUUCCCCUGCUGCUGCUCCUGAGUGGGUGUCUUCACAGGCAUGAAGGCAGUCUGCACCACAUGGCUGUCUGGCCUCUUGCGACCCUGUUCCCAGUGGCCCUCAGCAUUUUCACCCUUGGAGUUCCACAGACUUUCCCACAGGAGCCUUUCUACCAGGGCAUUAUUGGGUAUUUCUUCAGUUAUGUCUUGCUUCACAGUUGAUAGUUUGGUUUGUCUAGUUUCAAAGUCUGAAAGAAACAGAAAAAUGGAAAUGUCCCUUAAUCCCAGUUCUGGGGGAAGAGUUUGUGGUGGCUGGGUGGGUGGAUGGAAGAAUAAAACUGAUGGUUUUGAAAGGUCCAA